AUGGUAAAAGUUACAGUUGCGGGUGCAGCCGGAGGCAUUGGUCAGCCAUUGUCCCUAUUGCUCAAAUUAAACACUAAUGUAACGGAAUUAUCCUUGUUUGAUAUAGUCAAUGCAAAAGGUGUGGCUGCAGAUUUAUCACAUAUCAACACCCCCGCUGUGGUCAAAGGUUAUCAGCCAAAGGACAAGGAGGAUAGAACUGCGAUAGUUGAUGCUUUGAAGGGUACAGAUAUUGUUAUAAUCCCUGCAGGUGUGCCUCGUAAACCAGGUAUGACGAGAGCAGACUUGUUCAACAUCAAUGCGUCAAUUAUCAGAGACUUGGUAGCAAAUAUUGCUAGAACGGCCCCAAACGCAGCCAUUUUGAUCAUCUCGAAUCCAGUCAACUCAACAGUACCUAUUGCAGCACAAGUGUUGAAGAAAUUGGGUGUUUUCAAUCCUAGAAAAUUGUUUGGUGUUACAACUUUGGAUAGCGUUAGAGCUGAAACCUUUUUGGGUGAGUUGACAAAUACUAACCCAAAAAAUUUAAAGGGCAAGAUUUCGGUUGUUGGUGGUCACUCUGGUGAUACAAUUGUGCCCUUGGUUAACUAUGAACCUAGUGUAAGAAUAUUAAACAAAAAACAGUAUGAAGCUUUUGUUCACCGUGUUCAAUAUGGUGGUGAUGAAGUUGUCAAGGCAAAGAAUGGAGCAGGAUCGGCAACUUUAUCUAUGGCUUAUGCUGGCUAUAGAUUUGCCGAGUAUUUGAUUAAUACCUUGAGCGGUGGUCCAAAUAGUUAUAAAGUGCCAGACUCUGCCUAUAUUUAUUUACCUGGCAUCGAAGGAGGCAAGGAAUUCUCCCAAAAGUACUUACAUGGUGUUGAGUUUUUCUCUGUUCCAGUUGUAUUGAGCAAUGGCGAAAUCAGAUCAUUUAUUAAUCCUUUUGAGGAAUUAAGAGUUACUGAAGAAGAGAACAAAUUAAUUGGCGUUGCAUUGAAGGGUUUAAAGGGAUCUAUUGAUCAAGGUAUUGAGUUUGUCAAUGCAUCUAAAUUAUAG